AUGUCAAAGUGGGCUGAAAGCAAAUACGAGGGAGAGCAACUCGAAGGUUGGUUUCAUGGAAAAGGCAAAUAUUACUUUAGCAAUGGAGUCAUCUACGAGGGUGAUUUUUUCAAGGGAGAAUUUCACGGAGAUGGAACUCUCAUAUUUCCAAAUGGGGGAUAAUACAAAGCCAAAUGGGAGAGAGGGAAGAUGUUGGAUGGAACCUAUUUUUUUGAAGAUCAUCUGAAAUACGAACCUAUGGAUUGGAAAUAUUGCAUUGGGGAUGACCGAAGAUUUCAUUAGGAAAUCAAACAAAGUAUCAAACCAGCAGGAAUUACUCAAAUGACCAAGGACGACAUACUGAUUGAAAUCCCUGAGGGCACUUAUGAUGUUGGUGAAGGUUAUUAUGAGCCUGUAAAAUCCAUCAUUUACAGAUAUGAUGGCUCAAUCUUAAGAACACCUAGUGAACCUGAAGUCGAGAACAUCUUGAAGAAAUGCAGAUACAAUCCUAAGAAGGACUUUAUCAUUGAUGGCAAGGAUGAUAAAGUAAUUCAGAAAAUGACUCAGAAGUCUUAGUGA